AUGUUGUCUAUAAAAGUGACCGUCAAACUGAUGAGCUCCAUGGUGAAGGUGACUCUUCAACGAUGCGUCACCUACUCCAAAAUGUGGCCCUCGUGUGAACUUUUCCCAAACACAAUGCCUGAGUCAAACAUCAGCCACCUGUUGACGGCAUCUUCUGCUGACAAGUUGGAUCAUUACAUGGACAACAACUACGACUUGGACUAUGGCAUUCCACCCGAUGAGAUCCCAGACACCACACAGGGUCUGGUUUUCUUCAUCGCCACCAUAAUCAUCGCCGUGGUCCUCGUCUGCAUCAUGCUGGUAUGCGGAUUGGGAAACUUUAUUUUUAUCGCCACAUUGAUGCGCUACAAGAAGCUGCGCAACCUCACCAACCUGCUAAUCGCCAAUUUGGCCAUCUCAGACUUCUUGGUGGCGGUCGUGUGCUGUCCCUUCCUGGUCGAUUACUAUGUGGUCAAGCAGUUGUCGUGGGAUCACGGGUUGGUGCUGUGCGCGUCUGUCAACUAUCUUCGCACCGUAUCCCUUUAUGUGUCCACAAACGCCCUGCUCGCUAUUGCAGUGGACAGGUACAUGGCCAUCGUUCAUCCACUGAGGCCUCGAAUGAAGUAUGAAACAGCCUACUGCCUGAUCACUGGAGUAUGGAUCAUUCCCAUUCUCAUCUCAAUCCCCGCAGCUUACUUUGCCUCAGAGACCAUGUACCCUCACGGAGGCACUAAUCCGACCACUCACAAAGUCUUCUGUGCUCAGAUCUGGCCCGUGGACCAACAAGCUUACUACCGCUCCUACUUUUUGUUCAUCUUCGCUGUGGAAUUUGUCGGGCCGGUGAUCGUCAUGGCGAUGUGUUAUACCCAAAUUUCUCGGGAACUUUGGUUCAAGAAGGUGCCCGGUUUUCAGACGGAGCAGAUAAGGAAGCGGCUUCGAUGUCGCCGCAAAACCGUGAUGGUCCUCAUUGGGAUCUUACUGGCUUACAUCCUGUGCUGGGGUCCGUACUAUGGCUUCACCAUCCUGCGGGACUUCCACCCGACACUAAUCUCUCGCCAGAAGAAUUCUCUUGUGAUCUUUUACAUCAUUGAAUGCCUCGCGAUGAGCAACAGCAUGAUCAAUACCUUCUGCUUUGUCAGUGUCAAGAACAACACUGUAAAUUAUCUGAAAAAAAUUGUGCUGGUAAGAUGGAGGUCAACAUACGCUCCCAGUAGGACUGUGGAUGAACAGGAUUUAAGGACUUCAUCCUUGCCUGUCACGGAGGAGAUUGAAUGCAUUCAUUUGAGGUAA